AUGGCUUUCCUGGAAAUCACUGGCGCAUUGGUCCUCCUGUUGGUGUCGUAUGUCGUCUAUUCUGCGUCGACCCAUCCCCGUCUCGGGGCGCGGCCUCCUCCUGGUCCCACGCCGAUCCCCGUACUGGGAAAUCUCCACCAAGUUCCGGCGGAGGGCCAGCACAUCGUGUUCACGGACUGGGGCAAAAAGUAUGGCCCUGUGGUAUACGCACAAUGCCUCAGCGUAAAAAUGGUCAUCUUAAACACCUUGCAGGCUGCAGAUGACCUUUUGGAUAAACGCGGUGCCAUCUACUCGGACAGACCUCACUUUGGUCUGAUUACCGAUGUCCUAGACUGGAAACCCAAUCUACCCUUCCUCCCAUACAACGACCAAUGGCGCAAGCACCGGCGGUUGUGCCAGAACGCCGUUGGCACGACACAAUCACUAGCAGGUUUCCGUCCUCUGCACCGCGUGGAGUCGUUGAAGCUGCUCAUGGAACUGAUGCAGACUCCCGAAGAUUUCAUGUUACACAUCAAGAGAUACCCAGCUGCGCUGAUGUUGGAGAUAGCGUACGGCCACUCGGUGACUUCUAUCGACGACGAACUAGUGGUUCUCACAGACGAAGCUGUCUGCGAAAUCACAAGUCUGGGUGGGCUAGCUUCCACGUUGAUCGAUUUUUUCCCAGCCGUACGACGUGUUUUGACAUGGCUGCCUAGUUUUAGCGUCAGUCGACGAGUAGAAAAGGUUCGAGGAUUGGUACAGGCCAUGAUGAAUAUUCCAUACGAGAAAGUCAAGCAGGAGAUGGCAUCCGGAUCGGCUAGGCCGUCAUUCUUAAAAACUAUGCUCGAGGAGCACACACAAGCACAAGAUGACAUGACACCCGAGCAGGAACGCGAGCUAAUGUGUCUGUCAAGUAUUAUGUACAGCGCUGGUGCUGACACUACAGGGGCAGCAAUGCUAACUUUCAUGCUUGCUAUGACACUCCACCCUGAAGUCUUCAGGAAAGCACAGGCUGAGAUUGACCGCGUAAUCGGAUCUAGUCGUCUUCCUGACUGGGACGACAGGGCUUCGCUGCCGUAUCUCGAGUGUGUCUUGAAGGAGGUGUACCGGUGGAACCCUCCCGGGUCUCUUGCUGUUCCACAUAGGGCCAUGACUGAGGAUACAUACAACACCCUUCACAUUCCACAUGGAUCCAUGAUGAUUGCGAACCUCUGGGGAAUGACGAGGGAUACAAAUAUGUACCGUGAUCCCGAUACAUUCUUCCCAGAGCGAUUUGAACAAAUGGACAAAGUGGAAGCUGAGCUCAAAGAUCCGCGUAAGAUCAUAUUCGGAUUUGGACGACGUGUAUGCCCUGGGCGUCUGCUGGGCGAUGCUAGUGUCUGGCUCGCGAUGGCGAGCAUAAUAUCUGUGUUUGACAUAGCCAAAGCUCGCGACAAGGAUGGCAUCGAAAUUUCUCCUGAAGUUGCGUUCGUACCUGGAUCAAUCAGGCGAGAAACCUAA